UUCAUCGGAACUGCCUCUUGCUCUAAAGGAAUCGAUUCGAGCAUUGCCCGUGUUGGUGUUGAGGGUGGCAACUUCAGGUGAAGCUUCGAGCAUCGUCCAUGGGCGACGCAAUUUCUCCUGCCGGUCAGGUCCAACAAGCUGCCGGCGUGGGAAUUCUUCUUCAGAUUGUGAUGUUGGUUUUAUCUUUCGUGCUCGGCCACAUUCUUCGUCGCAAGAAGAUAUACGUCAUUCCUGAAGCCAGUGCUUCUCUUCUCAUAGGAUUAAUCGUUGGAGGGGUAGCUAACAUUUUUAAGAUAGAGAAUGGCAUUAUCAGGGCGUGGUUCAAUUUUCAUGAGGAAUUUUUUUUCUUGUUCCUGUUACCUCCCAUAAUAUUUCAGUCUGGGUUCAGUCUCUCACCUAAACCUUUCUUCUUAAAUUUUGGAGCUAUUGUGACAUUUGCUAUAUUCGGUACUUUUAUAGCUUCAAUAGUAACGGGUAUUCUAGUUUAUCUUGGCGGACAGAUCCACCUCAUGUAUAAACUACCAUUUGUUGAGUGCAUAAUGUUUGGUGCUCUUAUAUCAGCAACUGAUCCUGUUACUGUUUUGUCCAUAUUUCAGGAGCUUGGCACAGAUGUUAACCUAUAUGCCUUGGUUUUUGGAGAAUCUGUUUUAAAUGAUGCAAUGGCAAUUUCCUUGUACAGGACGGCGUCAUUGGUUAAAACUCACCCAUCUGGACCAAAUUUCUUCAUGAUAGUUGUUAGUUUUGUGGAAUUCUUUGUUGGCUCAAUGUCUGCAGGCGUUGGAGUUGGUUUUAUAUCUGCUUUGCUAUUUAAGCAUGCAGGGCUGGAUAUUUACAAUCUUCAGAACUUGGAGAGCUGUCUUUUUGUUCUCUUCCCUUAUUUCUCGUACAUGCUUGCAGAAGGUCUUGGCAUGUCUGGGAUCGUAUCAAUAUUGUUCGCGGGAAUACUCAUGAAGCGCUACACAUAUUCAAAUUUGUCCACAAGUUCUCAAAGAUUCGUCUCCUCAUUUUUUGAGUUAAUAUCAUCUUUGGCAGAGACAUUUGUAUUUAUAUACAUGGGCCUUAAUAUUGCAAUGGAGAAACAUCGUUGGUCACAUGUUGGAUUUAUAUUCUUCUCAAUUAUAUUCAUUGGGGUUGCAAGGGCAGCAAAUGUCUUUUCCUGUGUCUUUCUGGUCAACCUCGUCAGACCUGCUCAUCAAAAGAUUCCUCCAAAUCAUCAGAAAGCACUUUGGUAUAGUGGACUUCGAGGGGCAAUGGCCUUUGCCCUUGCUCUGCAAUCAUUUCAUGAUCUUCCAGAAGGACAUGGUCAGACCAUAUUUACUGCUACUACUGCAAUAAUUAUUUUGACGGUGUUAUUGACUGGUGGAUCAACGAGUUACAUGCUGGGAGCUCUGGAAGUUGUAGGUGAUAGCAAUAAAAUUGAUAGUCCUCUGGGCUCUGAAGAAACCGUGAAUUUUAAAGACAACAAUAGUGAUCCUGUUUCUUCUCACAAUGAAGAGUCAUCAUCAGGGAACAAAUUCAGGGUAAGGCUAGAAGGACUCCGCAACAGUGCCGUAUCUCUUACAGCUUUAGAUAGAAACUACCUCACUCCAUUCUUUACAAGUCAAAGCGAAGACGAAGCAGAUGCCAAACUUUUGACUGCUAGUAGAAGUCACAGAGCAGGCUUCCAUGACGAUAACCAUGAUUCUCCAUGAACUCGCUAUCAUUGUAAAAGGUAUGCUUGAAAGCUAAAUCAAUUCAUAGACAUGGUGGAGAAUACAGGUAUCUGGUAUCCUUCCUUCAUUCCAAGUUACAAUUGCUAAUCUUGCGUCAAGUAGGUAAUGUACUGUGUGGCCCAUGUGGCUGUGGGUUGGACACUUAGUAAGAGAUAUUACCAGCAUGAGUAAGAUUCCAUGAAAGCUGAUACAUGUCUUGCCUCUGUUCUGCCAAGAAAGAAAUGGAAAUGUAGAAAGAGGAUCAUAAUCCUACUUUGUAAUGUCUGUUGAUCUGGAUCCUUUGCAUUUUCCCCCAAGUGACAAUGAAUUAAUUUUUAGUUGAGAGAAACAUUUGGAGGCAUGAAACUUAAUUUAUAGGUCCAUUUGUUUCUAAACAAUUGGAAUCAGAAAAUACAGAGGAUCCAAAUUGUAGUUCUGUAUGU